GCAAAUCCCUCUUAUCCAAAGUUCAUUUUUCUCAUAAAUUUCUGCUGUUUGAUACUUCUUUGGUCUCCUUUUGCGCUCAAAAUAUCUUGAGUAAUAUCGAUAAUGAAUCCGUUUAUUGCCCCCACGGCUGGCGAGGACAUUCCAGUCGACAAACCUUAUCUCAUAAGAUGGUCGCCCACUACUCCUGGACCUGUAUUCAUACAGCUAUCAUACGAUAAUAACAUUGAAGCUACCAAUAUCACAGUCUCGACACCAAAUACAGGCAACUAUUCUUGGACGCCUGUCGAUGUAUUUGGGGGCAGAAACAACUACUUCCUCGUUAUCUGCGAUCUCAAUUCAUCACAGGGCCCUUGUAGUUAUACAUUUGAUGGACGAUUCGCUAUUGGGUCGAUAUCGAGCAAUACUUUGCAAAGUACCACAAUAACCGAAACUUCGGUAUCGACGACUAAUAUACCCUUGACUACAAGUUCAACUUCAGCAACUAUGACGCAACAACCUUUAUCCACAUCCACGACAUCACCUCUGACACAAACGUCGGCUCCAAAUCCAAAUCCAGAUCUCUCUACGGGUGCAAAGGCAGCGAUUGGUGUUGUCGUACUGUUGUUUGUAUUGGCUGUUGUGGGAUUGACUGUGUUGUUCAUCUGGAAACGACGAAAGGGAGCAUCACAAACGCAACCAGCAAGCUCAGAUGCAAAAGCGAUUAGCGAGUAUCAUAAAGCGGAGCUCCCUACAGAAGGAAAUAGCAAGGAGCCUGUUAGAGUUGAGCUGUCCGGAUCUGGAGUUGGAACUGGAUAUGCGAGCGCGAAUGUUGAAGAACUCGCGACUGAUUGAAGAGUUGAGCAUGGUAGUGAGCAAGAUGCGAAGGCUUGACUAGUAAUUACACUACUUAAAAGGGCACUGAUCAUGAAUGCUUCUUACCAUGGGCCAGAAUUCUAUGACAUCUUCAUCAAUGGAAGAUGCGUAGUAGGUGUGGUCUAAAGCGGAACCAGCGAAAGGGAGAAUUAAUCCUUAGUCUUGGGGAAUCCAUGAUGAUGAUUCAAUUGUAUCAGCGACGAAGAAUUUAAAAGUUAGGGAAAAGUGUAACAUGAAUGGGUU